AUGGUGAAAUCUUGGUUAACUUCGACGUUUUCAGAACAUGUGUCUCCAACAAUUGGUGCAGCUUUUGUAAAAUCAACAUUUGAAUAUCGUGGUUUAGAGCGCAAUAUUCAGAUAUGGGAUACAGCAGGUGAAGAACAAUACCGAUCUGUCACAUCUGUUUAUUGUAGAGAUGCUUUUGCUGCAAUGAUCGUUUAUGAUAAAUGCAAUAGAGCUUCUUUCGAAAAUAUUCCGUAUUGGAUUGGAUUAAUAAGCAAACAAGGACCGAUUCCUAUUGUUGUUUGUGGAAACAAGAAUGAUCUUCAUUCUGAUACAGAAAUUACAUUACAAGAAGCUGCCGAAUUUUGUGCAGCAUAUAAUGUUUCACACUUCUUUACAAGUGCUCGUACACAGUUCGGAAUUUUCGAUGCUUUUACACAAUUGCUAGAUUUGGCCUUUGAACGUCAAAAAAGUUUACCGAAGGAUGAUCUAUUUACUGGCGUUCAGGCAACACCAGAACCACAACCGAAGAAACAAUGCUGUUUUUGA